UUUUUUCCUAUCAAUCUCUCCCUCUUUCUCCUCUCUGAUCACUUUUGUAGAGCUACGAUCUAUACAAAACCUUCAUUUUUCUGAGAUUCUAUAAUUAUUUUAUUCAUUUACUUAUUUAUUUGUUCUUCAUCUUCCUUUUGUCUCUUUACAUAGCUCUAGUCAUCAAGCAUCAGCAGAGGAAACAAGAUUGAGCGUAUGGCCGCGGGAAUGGAAAUCCCUCUUCCAAUGAAUAAGCUCUCACUUGAAUCUCCAAAUGAAGCUGGAGAUUCCGAAACACAAAAUGGGAAUGGUAAAUUUGUAGCUUUGGUAUCAACUGGAAGUUUCAAUCCUCCAACCUACAUGCAUUUGCGCAUGUUUGAGCUGGCGAAAGAUGCACUACAGGCAGAAGGGUAUGUUGUGAUUGGAGGCUACAUGUCACCGGUGAAUGAUGCAUACAAGAAGAAAGGACUUUUAUCUGCUGAAGAUCGAAUUAGGAUGUGUGAGCUGGCUUGCAAAAGCUCCUCCUUUGUGAUGGUAGACCCAUGGGAGGCUAAACAAAGCAGCUAUCAACGUACUCUAACUGUGCUUUCAAGAAUUCAAGGUUCCUUGUGCAAGAGCGGGUUUUUUAGCAAAGAAUCUCUCAGGGUCAUGCUUUUAUCUGGUUCAGACCUGCUCGAAUCUUUCAGCACUCCGGGAGUCUGGAUUCCUGAUCAGGUCAGGACUAUAUGUAGAGACUUUGGUGUAGUUUGCAUCCGCAGAGAUGGGAAGGACAUUGGGAAGAUAAUAGCCAGCGAUAAAAUAUUAACUGCAAACAAGAAAAAUAUCCUCGCAGUGGAUGAGAUUGUGCCAAACCAAAUUAGUUCGUCAAAAAUAAGGGAUUGUAUAAGGAGAGGGCUAUCGGUGAAAUACCUCACUUGUGAUGAAGUUAUCGACUAUAUCAGGGAGCAUAAGCUAUAUAUGCAGUCCAAUGAUGAUUGAUGUUAGAGUCUACAUGCUCAAAGGCUAUGUACAUUUUCCGUGGAUUUCUGCAUCGGGAUGUUUAAAGCCAUAAUUUGUACGAGAAGUCCAGAGGUGAAAAAGGUUGAAUAAUCUGAAGCACAAGCCUUUAAUAGGAUGCUCGUAUUUCCUCCUUGUAGUUGAGGAAAAACCUUGAGGAUGGAAAUGAAUGUUCUUAUCAAUAUAUACUAAUACAUGGUUUGGAGAGUGAAUAUUAUUUUUUUUC